AAAACCGGCAAUAGCCACACAGACGAUGAGUCAGGACCUACACAGACAUAUUACUUUUGCAAAUUCAAAGGUCUAUCGUAUCUUGAUUGUACCUGGGAGAAGGCCGAGCUUAUUGAGGAAAAAUUCCAAGUGGAGAUUGAUGCUUUCAAUGAAAGAUCCAACAGUCGUAGACUUCCACACUUAAGCACCAAAUACAGUAGAGAAAGCCGGCCUAAAUUCAAAUUAUUGUCCUCCCAACCAUCUUACUUAACUGGCGGUGACCUACGAGAUUUUCAACUGACAGGCCUAAAUUGGCUAGCACAUUUGUGGUCUAAAAAUCAAAAUGGAAUUUUGGCCGAUGAGAUGGGUCUUGGAAAAACUGUACAGACAAUUUCUUUCUUAUCAUAUCUCUUUCACCAACACAAUCAAUUCGGUCCUUUCCUAGUUGUCGUUCCUUUAUCUACAAUCGGAUCCUGGCAACAAGAGUUCGAGACAUGGGCACCAGAACUGAAUGUCGUUUGUUAUAUUGGUCCCGGAAAAGCGCGGGAGGUUAUUAGAGAACAUGAAUUCUUUAUUCCAGCGUCAAAAUCACGGAUAAAGUUUAAUGUACUUCUCACCACAUACGAGUUUGUAUUAAAAGAUCGAGAUGUACUUGGGAAUAUCAAAUGGCAAUAUCUCGCUGUGGAUGAAGCACAUCGACUAAAAAACAGCGAAUCUCAACUUCAUGAGGUUCUUGCAUCAUUUAAUACGGCAAAUCGACUAUUAAUCACUGGAACUCCACUGCAAAAUUCACUAAAAGAACUAUACGCACUACUCAAAUUUUUGAUGCCUAAUUUCGACAAAGAAGACGAUAUUGAUCUUGAAUCACCCGAUGCAGAACAAGAAGAGAAGAUACGAGACCUUCACGAACAACUUGAACCUUAUAUGCUUCGACGCUUAAAGAAAGAUGUCGAGAAAUCACUACCACAGAAAACAGAACGCAUUCUACGGGUUGGCUUAUCUCCUCUUCAACUACAUUUAUAUAAACAUAUAUACACACGUGACUUUGAGGUAUUAAAUAAAGGAAUUACCGGAUCAAAUCAAAUGACCUUACUUAACAUAACUGCCGAGUUAAAGAAAGCUAGUAAUCACCCGUACUUACUACCCGGUAACGAACCUCAUCCUAGCUCCACGACACCGGAAGAACAAUUGCGCGGCCUAAUCAUGAAUAGUGGAAAGAUGGUGCUAUUGGAUAAAUUGUUGACGAGAUUACGUGAAUCAAAUCAUCGUGUGCUAAUCUUUUCGCAAAUGGUUAAACUACUGGAUAUUUUGAAUGAUUACCUUAUACUUAAAGGAUAUCCCUAUCAAAGGUUAGACGGAGGUGUUUCUUCGUAUGCCCGUAAACGGGCUAUUGAACAUUUCAAUGCGCCAGACUCGCAGGAUUUUGUAUUUCUACUUUCGACUCGAGCCGGUGGAUUGGGUAUUAAUCUUAGCACGGCAGAUACUGUGAUUAUAUUUGAUUCCGACUGGAACCCUCAAGCUGAUUUGCAAGCAAUGGCACGCGCUCAUCGUAUCGGACAAAAGAAUCAUGUUAAUGUUUAUCGAUUCGUCUCAAAAGAUACGAUAGAAGAAAGCAUUUUGGAAAGCGCUAAGCGCAAAAUGGUGCUCGAAUAUUGCAUCAUAAAACAGAUGGACACUUCAGGGUUGGGCUUUCUUCCAAAAAAUAAAAGGGAGCAGACCACUAACACUAAUUCAAAUAAACCCUUAACACGAGAAGAACUACAUGCAGUUUUGAAAUUCGGGGCGCAAAACAUGUUCAAAGAGAACGAGAAUCAAAAGAAACUUGAUGACAUGGACCUGGACGACAUACUUGCUCGUGCUGAAACCCAUGAUACAAUAGGCGCACAGUCCGGAAGUAGUUAUGGCGGUGAAGAAUUUUUAAAACAAUUUAGGAUAGCAGAUUACGAUGGUGGUGACUUGAACUGGGAUGAAAUAAUACCAGAACACGAACGACAAAAAUUCCUUAACGGUAGUCAGAACGGCGAUGAUAAAGACUAUUCUGCUGAAGAAGAAGAAUAUCAGUCAAAAUCUGGACUCAAACGAUCUGCUGUUAAUAAUUUGACUAAUGGAAAAGGUAAAGGAAAACUUGUACUCAAACAAAAAGGAAAUAAGAAGCAAAAGUCUUCCGAAUCACCGGGAGGGUCCAAGAAAAAACCGAUAGCCCAUCGUGAUCUUACUGUUAAAGAGGCACGUGCUCUAAUAAGAGGUAUAAUGAAAUUUGGAGACAUGCAUAUACGGUAUGACGAAGUGGUCCGAGAAGCUGACCUCUCCUAUAAGGACAAAGAGAUGCUAUUAACUUGUUAUGACGAUAUAUAUUGGGUAUGUGAACAAGCAAUGAGAAGCACAGAAAUUCGUGGUAAUGGGAAUGUCGAAAGCUCUUCCAAUGGGGCAAAUAGAAACAUAAUAAAAGGAAAAGUAACCCAUGUGUCAUGGAAUGGAGUAGAAAAAAUUAAUGCGGGUCAAUUGGUGCAACGGGUCAGCGACUUAAGGUGUCUUCACGAACACAUCUCUGUUUUGACUUCCCCAGAAAAAUUCAGGUUCAAUAUCAGUCUAAAGCCUGUAAAUAACUGGUCAUCGACGUGGAGUGAUAAAGAAGACGCGAUGCUUCUUGCUGGAGUUUAUAAACAUGGAUUUGGUAGCUGGAGAUCGAUCAAAGAAGACUCGAGUUUGGGUCUUUCUCGAAAACUCAGCGAUGAAGAUCACGACGAUGAUGCACCAUCAUCUGCUAAACAGACGGCGAAGGUGGUUCGCCGAACUGAAUAUUUAUUGAAAGCUUUACGUGAUCAAGAUAUUGAGGAGCCUACAAGAAAAGUCAAGCGGUCAAAGCAUCGUCUUAACAGAGAUGAAGAUGAAGCCGCACAAUCUACUACAUCACCUUUACGAUCUAAAAGAAUAAGGAGUAACAAGACUUUCGAGCAUCGCGAAGAAGAAGCAGAUGAACUUGGUCCUAUUGAUCGUGAAUGCAAGGAGCAUUUACGUCCAGUUAAAAGGCAAUUACAGGCCUUAAAAAAUGAAUCUGGCCAACUCAAAGAUAAAGAUAAGAAAGUAAAGUUAAUAAAGGCAUCGCUUUUGCAGAUCGGAGCAAGAAUCAAAGCUGUUCUCGACACCAAACCUGCUGCACAACAGGACGAAAUGCAUGAAGCACUUUGGCACUUCGUCACCUAUUUCUGGCCAAAAGAAAUUGAGGCGGCCAAGUUGAUCGCUCUCUAUGCGAAGCUUGAAGCUUCGGAAGCUGGAAUCGACCAAAAAUAA